AUGAGAGCAGCAUGGGCAGCAUUCGCAGCCGUCAGGGAAGCUACGGACCAACUGACGGACCAUGAUCUUCGUGCCCAUCUGUUCGACUCGACAGUCCUUCCAGCGCUCUGUUACGCAGCGGAGACGUGGGCAGACACCGCGGCCACGUCUAGGAAGCUACUUACUACCCACAGAGCCCUUGAGAGAUGUCUCCUGAAGUUUAACCGGCGCACACAACACCUUGCCGGUCUUCGUAGCUCCGACUUAAGAGGAAUGUCCCGUCUUCGCGACCCAGCGGAAUAUGUAUCGAAAGCAAAACAUAGAUGGGCCGGUCACAUCAUGAGAAGAAUCGACGAUAGAUAG